AUGGCCGAGAUGCAGAGGUUCUUACGCUGGAGUACCAAUCGCAGCAUCGUCAGUAACUGCUAUAUCGCUGGGUCUAGUAAUCACAAUCAGCGGAUUGAAAGCUGGUUGGCGUUUUUAAGAAGUCAUCAUGCCCAGUACUGGAUGAAUCGUUUUCAGGAACUUAAGGAUAAAGACUGUUUCUCUGGAGACUUCUUGGACAAGCAGCUUAUCUUAUUUACUUGCCUGUCCAUCAUCCAGGUGAUAGCUGUUGCUCAGUUGUUGAUACACUUUAACUGGACUUGGGUUGGACUGCUUCGAGAAGAACAUGAAUACGGCCUUUUCGCUCUCCAAGGUUUACUGAGGGAGUUAAGGGGGACUGUAAUUUGUGUGGCAUUCCAAGAAACAAUUCCAUCUCAGUUCAACUGCAAAAGGGGUCUGGAAAUUAUAGAGGUAAUGCAUAACUCUGGGUCAAAAGUGGUGGUGUUAUUUUCACCAGGGGUGCAUGUGAAACCACUCUUGAGGGACUACAUGGAGCAGAAUAUCACUGGAAUCCAGUGGGUAACGACCACUGCCUGGGCCAAGACAUCAUUCUGUAGAGCAGGGGUGGCCAAAGGGAGUGAAUACUAUCCCUAUCUGGGGGGUACAAUUGGGUUUACCAUCAAGAAAGGUCACAUUCCCAGAAUGAGUGAUUAUCUGCAAACAGUUAACCCUGAUACAUACCCCAACAAUCCUCUAGUGCAGGAUUUCUGGGAGUAUAUCUAUGGUUGCUCUCCUCCAUCUGCCUCUGGAUCACUGCUUCCUCCGUGCACAGGGCAGGAGCUGCUACUGGACCAGACUUAUAUGGAUACCUCCAGUCUGAGAACAGAAUAUAAUGUUUAUAAGUCUGUAUUUGCUAUUGCACAUUCUUUGCACAACCUUCUUCUGUGUCAGCCAAGCAGUGGGUCAUUCUACAAUAAUUCAUGUGCUCAAAGCAACAACAUCCAACCCUGGCAGCUCCAACACUAUCUUCAGGAAGUUGCAUUUAGCAUGGCUGGGGAGGAGGUGAACUUUGACCUGAAGGGCGAAUCUGUACCUUAUUAUGACAACAUCAUUUGGCAGAGAAGCACAGGGGGGAAAAUUGAGUUUGUCACUGUGGGGUUGUUUGAUGGAUCCAAACCUGCCGGAGAGGAAAUGGUGAUCCAAGAGGACAGGAUAAUAUGGGCAGGGCAUCAGAGCAAGGUGUUGGUAUCUGUGUGCAGUCCCAGCUGUUUACCAGGUUUCCGGAAGUCUGUCCGUCGUGGGGAGCCUGCUUGUUGCUACGACUGUGUACCAUGUGACAGUGGCAAAAUUAGCAAUAAGACAGAUUCCAUCGAGUGCAUAUCCUGCCCUCAAGACUUCUGGUCAAACAAAUAUGGAACAAGUUGCAUUCCUAAGCAGGUGGAGUUCCUGACCUAUGAUUCUUUGGGUCUAGUGCUCAAUGUCAUGGCUCUGGUCGGGGCUUUUCUCACUUUAAGUGUAUUUGCAGUCUUUUUCUAUCUAUUGACAUCUCCAGUCCCACUUUCUGCCAACAUGUGCACUCUUCAAAACAACUUUGAGCCAAGCUUCAUUGCCGAAGGUGACUACGUUAUUGGUGGCAUCUUCCCUUUGCAUUAUGACCAGGAGAUGCCAAACCUGACUUCACUCACCGACCUACAGAUUUCAAGUGCAGCAGUCCUCUCAGGUGAUGUGGAGGAUGCCUCUCAGGCAGUGUUGGUGGAAACGUUCCAGCGCUUUGAUGUGCCGAUGUUUGGAGGUCUUGGUUCCGAAAGACGCGAGUGCAUUGUCUACCGUAGCUGUGCCAGCGCACUGAAGAUGGUGCUGGAUCUCCGCAUCAAUGUCUGCCUUGGAUGA